GAUCAGGGCACCUCCCUCUUCUCUGGGGUUUCCUUCCCRGAGCAGAACUCCUCGGACCGGACUUUCCUCUCCAGAACCAGCCCGCAGACCGAGGAAGGAGCGGACCAGGUCUCCGCCGAACCCCGCUCUCUCCGAGGAGCCGUGAGAAAACUUGCCACCCUCCGGGUCCGGGUCACUGAUCCAACAUGUCCGUCCAGACCAGCAAAACCACGGUGCACACCUACAAGACCAUGAACGUGGCCCCGGAGCCGGUGAAGACCACGGUGAUCUCCGCGCGCUCCGAGUCUCCGCUGCCGCGCGUGGCCCCGGUGUCCCCGCUGCCCUACACCGCCGUCAACGGCUCCUACGAGUCCGUCCGGUACCUGGUCCCGGUGCAGCAGGCCCUCCCGCAGCAGUCCUUCGUGUUUAUGGGCCAGCCCAUGAUGGGCCAGCCCAUGAUGGGUCAGACCGUGAUCCAGCAGCCCGUGAUGCAGCCGGUCUACCUGCAGACCCUGCCGCGCGUCAGCGUCAGCAGCCAGGAGUCCGACCACCACCUGUACCAGCACAGGACCGCGCGAGAGAGCAUCAGCCAGAUGUCCUCUUCGUCAGUCUUCAGCCCGGGUCCCAGUCCCACCAAGACUCCAGACCUGCUGAUCGAUGACAACGAGGUGGAGGAAGAGGAGGUGGAGGUGGAGGUGGAGGAAGAGGAUGUAGACGGAGGAUCAGUGGAGGUGGAAGAGGUGGAGAUCGUAAACGUCAUCCAGCAGAGGCCUCUGCAGUCGAUACAGACCAAGUUCUCCACGUUGGACGUAAAGGAGCUGCCUGAGCCCACCAAGCUGGACACGCGGUACUUCGGCGAGCUGCUGGCCGACGUCUACAGGAAGAACUGCGACAUCCACUCCUACAUCUCCGACCACGUGUCCAAGAUCCGCGGACAACUCGCCUCACUGCAGAUAAAAGCAUGCGUCUGCUGCUCUCCACCUUCAGCAGUCUUAGAGAGGAGCUCAUGCAGAUGUCUGAAGACCUGCGGCGUCUGGAGAGCGACAAGGAGCUCCUGGAGAGAGAUCUGAGUUUUAAGGCGGACCAGGCCAAACAGUACGACUCCCUGCUGGAGGCCGUCAGGGAGAACAACCGGCAGCUGCAGCUGUCUCUGAAGGAAGCCAGCUCGGCUCAGCGGACUCUGGAGAAUCAGCUGAUGAGCAGCCGAAACAACGACUCGGGACGUGAGUUCAAGGUGAAAGAGCUGGAGGGGCGGAUGAGAGCGCUGGAGAAGGAGAACGAGAUGCUCAGACAGARGCUGUCGGGACAGGCCAGCAGCGCCUCGCUGCAAAUAAAGACAGAGGAGCUGUCCCGCCAGUACAGCGACCAGCUCAACGCCAUGAGGCAAGAGAAGGACCUGGAGAUCCAGAGACUCAGGUCCCAGAUCACAAAGAUCCAGACGGAGGUCACCACCACCACCACCAAGUCCUCCUCCGCAGAUAAGAGCCUCGAGCUGAGGAUCUCUGAGCUGCUCAGGAUUGUGGAGCAGAGGGAGGUCACCAUCAGGAAACAGGAGGAGGAGAUCCGGAAGCUGAUGAUGGAGAGGAGCGACACCUCCAAGAACGUCACCAAGACCGUCAUCACCAAGAGGUACAGGAACCAGUACCCCAUGCUGGGGCUCCUCAGUGACGACUACCAGGUCACCUCACCGAUCAAAGAGGCCAAAACCAUCGUCAUCGAGAAAACUGGAGAAAUGAUUAAACAGGCCUGAUCAAAGCACCAGGAGACCCCGCCCCCUCGACGCCCCCUCCUCCUCCUCCCCCCUGCAUGCUCCUCCCCCUCCCCUCAGGCCUCCCAGUGUUGGUGGUGGUUUAAUCCCCCGUUUCUCUUAUUCUUGUUUGGGGACAGUAUGUUCUUUUUCAUUAUAUUUUUAUUUUUUUGCAUUAAAAAAACAAUAAAUCCUGAAAUCUAAAAUCCAUUUGUUGAUAUUUGAACACGACUAACUGGACUGAGUCCAACUAAAACGACGAGACAACUGGGAAUCAGGGAUACACACAGGUUUUUACUUAUAUUUGAGUACUUACUAAUUAGUGCCACUUCUUACAAUUAAAGAACCUGUAAUUACACUUUAAUCUGUUAUAACAGGAUAUAUAUGUUAAAAAAAAUCAUAAUUUGAGCCCAAAAUGCUAUUUUCAGCCUAAUGGAGGCACUAAUGUUCAUUACUAUCUCUAAAAUAUUCAUUUUAAUAAUGAAAUAAUAAAACAAAUUGUUUUAAAAGUCGUCCAGAAUACAGCAGAAGAUUUUCAUUAAGCAGCUUUUCAGCAGCAGGUUAGACGCUCAGAUUUCAGAUUUUUUCCUUCUGGUCUGUGAAUGCACCGCAGCCAAGAGCUAACCUCUGCUAGCAACAAAACAAAAGUUAAUCACGAUCAGUUGCUGAUUCUUUGACAUUCAGCAUAAAACUAAACAUAUUUCCUCUAAAUUAAAGUUUAUUUUUAUUUAACCUCCACAAAGUUAAAAAAAUAAAACGAUUUUAAACCGAUUUGGCUCAAAUUUAAACGCCUUCUCCAGGCCCAAAUCAAUAAGUUAAUGUCUCAGCUUCCUGUUGUCUGCGACGCAGCAUGAUCCUGUCCUUAAAGCCACCACUGCCGUGCUCGCCCAGGGGACGAGGAAGUUUGCAUGUAAAUAUUUGUGUAUACUGGUACGAUGGACGCACUCAGACGAUGUUUGACUGUAGAGCGYGUCGUCUGCAGCGAGCGUUGAUGUUGGGUUUAUUUUUACAGCCUACUUCUGUUUUUACUUUUGUAUGAAACAAAGGUGCAUGCCUAAACAUGUAGCUUCGAUGUGUUCGUUAGGGUUUUGGGUCAGAACCGUGUGGUGGGUUGCAUCCCUGAGAGGUAACGUCUUUCAGAGACGRGGCAGAGGCGGUGUAGGCAAGGGGGGGCGCCACAAGAGGAUACGAAAACAUAACUUUUUUUACRAAGUUUAGUUGAUUUAGUAGAAUAAUUACUGGUUCCUAUGAAGGCAACUUGUGUUUUCGUAUGAAGUGAUAAAUGGUGCUGAGGAUGUUUCAUGAUAAACGUAUCAUAUGAUGGAGUCAGGACUAAUUCUGCUGCUCCGUGUGGAAACAAAAUAAAAUAAAGAUAAAGGAAGUUUCAUGUCAGGUUCAAGUCUGGUUUUUAGUCUUCUACCUUCAUAAAGUCAGUUUUUUUGUUGGACCUUUUACAUAUUUUUCACGGUAGUAAACCCCCCUAGAACUGCUUCAGUCCACACCUGCUGGUUAACAUGAACAGGUGUUGCUCAUGAUGUCAGCCGAUGAUUUAGAAAACUGCACACUGGGCCCCACCUGAAGCCUUGCCCCGGGCCUUAAAUUGUCUCGGGCCGGCCAUGUCAGGGAUGAAUCCCAUCACAGUUAAUGAGGGGGAACGGAUGAACAGAUGGAUGCAUGGCAUGAUUUCUGGGGAUUUAUGUUGGUGGAAUAAAAAUAAUUAACGUUCAA